CAGGUUUACUCGCUACGCUUAACUCACAGGGAGGAUCGGAGAAAGCUUGCUCAUCACCGACCCUGAUUUGAGGUUGACAUUAGUACCUUUUCGUAGGAGGUCCUAUAUCACGGCAGGUUAAGCCCACGAUCUGACUCAUAUACUCGGGAUUCUCGUGGUCCGAUCUGUGGCCCGAAGUAGGGACUGCGCACAAUGUCUACGGCGCAAAAUCAAGUGUGAUGAAAACCGCCCAGAAUGUUCCCAAUGCAGACGAAUUAGAAAACCCUGUCCUGGGGUCUACGGAGGGCUUUUCAUGGUCCACAGCUCGCGAACUGUGCAAGGACUUAGACCAUAAACUGAACGUCCAAGCAUCUGCACAAGUGGUGCUUCCUUUCUAGCUAAACCGUCUUAUCAGCCUUUAUUUGAGCAGGUUCUGGUUUCUACUUUCGUUGCUUCGUUUUUCUUGUCGAGCUCCGGACAAGUGAGCCAUGACUCGUGGACAAAUGCCUAUCCUCAUGGAUAACAUCCUCCGAGACUUUAGGUUGGUCUAUCCGAGCAACGACACUUCUUUUCUACGCACAAAAGUCAAACCAGGAAGCUCUGUACCCGUGCAUUUCGAGGCCAGAGAUCCUACGCUGCCCGCUACCUCCAGCGGCUAAGAGGUAGACAAGAUAUCCCCACCGAGCAGGACAUCUGUGUAUCAUUGAUGUUGAUGUACUAUGAACUUCUCAAUCCGGCUGUAACAAGCAGCUGGGUCGCACAUCUGCAAGGGACUGCCGAACUCCUUCUCUUGAGAGGACCGCAGAAUUGCCAAACGGGUGCGAGUCAUCUUUUAUUUCGCUCUAUAAGGUUAUUGAUGGCUCAUGCGUCCCUGCGAACCCAGAAUACAUCUUGCUUUGCCUCGCCAGAAUGGUCUGAUGUGCCAUUUGCUAGAUCCAAGAAGACAGCAAUAGACACCCUUCUCGAUGCCAUUCACAAGGCUUCCAUUUUAUUGAGACAACAUGAUAUUGAAAAAUACGGAGAUUCAGUUGUUGAACCACAAGAAACCUUGCUGUCGCAGUCACAGAAGUUUGCUGAUGAUGUCAUAUACAGUGAAGAACUGUACGCGAAAGAAACGCCUGAAAUAUCUCCAACCAAGCGCAUCGAAAACAUGGACGACAGAGUAUGGCUUUGCGGGGGCGACUUCUGUUCUACGAUGCCAUCGGUGAUGCACCAUGCUACCUGUGUCAUCUCGCAUCGCCUCCAGCUUCUGAGAGUGCAUAAGGAUCGUGUGGUGGAUGAAUCCAGGACCAGGUGCUCAUCAAUUCUGGAAUUUGCGUAUGGUCUUUUUCAGCGCAACCUAUAAAAUCAACUCAACUUAGGCUCAUGCAUACAGAUUGUUUUCCCUUUGGCAGUGGUCAGCUGGUAUAAUCCGUGUGAAGACCAACGGGUGAGAGCCAGGUCUUACCUCCUCCGAAUGGGCUGGGAUAUCUCAUUUGGAACAGCACGCCCUCAUCAUGAAUGGCCUAGGUUAUGUGCAUAACUAAUUAAAAUUUCGAAAAACUAGCAUCUCAGUACGAUUUGACAAGUCCAACCUUGUCGUUGAUGGCGAAAGCACUAUUUUUACUAUAGAAUGCUU